AUGGUGGCCCAGCGAUAUACACUUUCUGCCUUGCGCUCGACGCUGUCGGCGGCGUCGAACGCACCUCGCCAGUCGGUCGCGUUGUCCUCGCGCACAUUCGUCUCGACUCCCUACAGCAAGUCGGACCGACCUCCUACCGCCACCUUCCCACCUUCCUCGCAUCAGCAGAAUGACGCCCCCUCGGCCGCGCCAAGCUCAUCAUCUAGCACAUACACUUCAUCGAGGCCGACCGCGAGCUUCGCAACAGAUGGAGCUGCCCCCGAGAACAAGCAAACACAUUUUGGCUUCAAGACAAUUGCCGAGGAGGAGAAGGAGUCCAUGGUAGCCUCGGUCUUCUCGUCCGUGGCAUCUAAGUACGAUGUGAUGAACGAUGCCAUGUCCCUGGGUGUACACAGACUUUGGAAGGAUCACUUCGUCUCCAAGCUCGACCCGCGCGGCGGCAUCAAGGUUCUCGACGUGGCUGGUGGCACGGGUGACAUUGCACUACGCAUUCUCGACCAUGCCAGGACGAAGCACUUUGACCGCGAGACCCACGUGACAGUCCUCGACAUCAACCCAAGUAUGCUCAAGGAAGGUCAGAAGCGCUUCAAGCAGACCAUGUACUGGGGCGGGCCUCAGGUCAGCUUCCAGCUUGGAAACGCAGAACAACUCGACUCGACCAUGCCCGUCCCGCCAGAGCCCGUUCGCGGUCCCAACAGCAAGCAGCCCCUCCUGCCACCACUCGAGAGCAAGCCCAUCCCUGACGAGUCGAUCGACCUGUUCACCAUCGCAUUCGGUAUUCGCAACUGCACCCACAUCGACGAGGUCCUUCGACAAGCCUACCGUGUGCUCAAGCCCGGUGGAGUCUUCAGCUGUCUGGAGUUCGGCAAAGUCAACGUCCCCUUCCUGGCCGAGGCGUACAAGCAGUACAGCUUCAACGUUCUGCCUCCACUCGGUCAGAUGCUCGCCGGAGACCGCGCCUCGUAUCAGUACCUGGUCGAAUCGAUUGAGCGCUUUCCCACCCAGCCUCAAUUUGCCAGAAUGAUGAAGGACGCCGGUUUCCAUCUGCCGGGCUCGCCCACCGCGACAAGCCUUGGCUUCCCCGCGGAGUCUGGAAGUGCUGCUGGAAGCGAAGACGUGAGCGGUGCCUGGGAGGACCUCACGUUUGGCGUCGCCACCAUCUGGACUGGUAUCAAGCUCUGA